AUGUCGGCGUUCACCCCUUGUAGUUCGUCCACGCCGCAACCCCCGAUACGUCCCCAGUUGACCGUGAAUCGCGAGUGGUGGAUUUCAGUAAGAAAACUCCGUAAUUUCCAGCGAGGACCGAUUAUCGUCGCGGCUGGUCGCUCUCGCGAGGAGAAUCUGGGCUAUGAAUGAAGACCCAACCCUUCCAUUUCGAGGUUUUGAUAGUGUUACUCUUGUCCGUGAUACCCUGGCCAGGGCCCAGCGUGUUUAAAAUAUCAUGCCCCCGCGAUCGAGCGACCGUGGUGAGGAGGAUAGUUCAGAAGAGAUGGAUGCCAAUUCUGAAGAAGUAUCAAGUAGAGCUGCCGCUAGAGUGUCCUUUUCACGAGAGUCGAGACAUUUUUCGGCCGCAGCAGAGGGCGAAACACCAGCACAGACCUUCGCAAUGGACCUGCGGCCUUUGCGGCAAGUCCUUCUAUGCGGAGAAACACCUGGAUGCCCACUUCGAUAACAGACACAAGAGUAACGUUAACACGGCGGAGGACGCGGUGUGCCUGGCGGACUACUGCGACAUCAUGAGGUGCGACGUUCUGGGCAACCGUGACUUCGAGAGUUCGCUGGUGGACGACGAUGCCGACCACCACAGCACGGACAUUCAAGUGUGGAAGGAAAACACAGAGCAACGUUCCACCUCGGUGAUGCCGUGCAAUUCGCGGGGUCUCUCCAGAGCGUAUUCCGCGGAGAAGUCCUGCACGAUAUCGGGGGGUGGCGCGGUUACGAACAUCCAGCGAUACUGUCACCGCGACGACAGUGGGGCCUUGGAGAAUCACAGGUUACCAGGCACGGCGUACCACGUGGAGAUCGCCGGGCCCGACAACAAAAGCAAUGCCUGCGAGACCGAGGAAGAGGACGAGGACGACGACGAGGACGACGACGACGAGGAGAACCUCGUCGAGUCGGCGCUGCCCGCUGUGGACAAGAAACAGAGGCGCAGGGGGCUGCACCUCAGGAAGCUCAAGUCCAACUGCAAGCCGGAGGAGCUGCAAAAACUGAAACUGCAGUGCGAAAUACUCGUUCGCGAUUGCAUAGCUGGGCUUCUGACGAAUCUCUCGGUACGAGAUUUCCAAGAAAUUGAAGGGGAGCUGAACCGCGCAAUAUGCUGGUACCUUAGCUGCGACAGAUAUUGGGAGGACACGAAGAGGCAACAGAGACACACACCUUGGUACCUGCUCACUAUUUUUCUGGUCGUUCUGUCCUCGUCGGUUUAUGGAUGCUACUACGUCAUUUGGAUCCUGUUCAAUUCCGCAGACGAGGACAGACUGGACGGUCCCGGGAGUCUGGACUACACAGAUCGAGAACUCGCGGCUACGUCACCGUUGCACGAUCCGAAUGGUCCUGGCGAGGGUAGAUCCGGCGAGAGGAGGAAAUGCGAUCCGGGAGACGACAGCCUAGCCGUCACUAACGAGGAAAUGCCCGACCACUACAUCUACGUAGCCUAUCCACCCGAGCUAAAGCGGCGAUUAUUGGAGAGCUGCUACAACAGAACUACUCGACUUUGAGUGACUCGGGGGAUAGAUGUUUGGGCAGAGAUUCGACCCGGAGAACACCACCACCACCACCGAUUCCAAAUCGGGCCCGCGGCUGACACCUUUCUUAAUUUUUCCUUCCCCUCUCCCCUGACCUUCGUGUUUUGUAUACCAACUGUGGGAAUAAAUUGCAAGAUGUACACGAAA